CACAAUUUCUGAAACACACCGACACUUCUGUAUACCCACGGUACAACGGAAGGACACGCGUUUGAGGAAAUGAUCGGAUUGUGUAGUUUUCUGAGAGGGGAGAAGGAGGGGAAUAACUUCCUCAAAUAGGAUUUUACGCGUUGCCUUGGCGAGAGGUCUCGCAGCGCUUCUUCAACGUAAAGUUUGUUGUUUGACUUUGUUUUCAGGGGGAUUACGUGUCGUAAAAUUGCAUAACUGCAUUCGCAAACGAGAUAAAACUGGACUGGGACUCGUCGAUUGGCAUUGCUCUAUUAUAAUAUGCAGUGAUGUGCGCUGCUUUAAUGCAUUGGAAGACGCUGGACGUCAGAGGCGCGCGUCUCUCCUCGCCACAGGUGCGCGCUAAACUUUGGUUAUUCAUUAUUGAUUAACUUCAGAAAGAAAAGAGGGGACGCGCACAGGGGAGGACAGUUACUCGCGCUAUGGAGAUCAUGCACAACCAACCUACUGGAGAGGCCGGUGGAGAUCACACUACCGCAGUUUCUAUGUCUGCGGGAGUGGACAGAGCCGAUGUGGCCAGCCCGAGUCCGGUGACCAAACAGAGGUCCCUGCGCGCAGUCUAUGUGUUGAAUGAUGGACUGAAGGCGGUUGCUGCGAACAGCCCGGAGUCCGGCGCGCUGCAGUGUCUCCAGCGCGCCUGCGACGCGGAGAGCGCAAUAUUAACCACUGUUACUUUUGGACGAUUAGACUUUGGAGAGACAUCAGUUCUUGAUACUUUUUAUGACGCAGAUAUUGCAGUAGUGGACAUGAGCGAUGUGUUCAGACAGCCCUCCUUGUUUUAUCACCUUGGUGUGCGUGAGAGCUUCGACAUGGCCAACAAUGUCAUCCUCUACCAUGACACAGACCCUGACACAGCACAGUCCCUUAAGGACAUGGUGUCACAGAAAAACACAGCUGCAAGGCCGGUUAAAAUCGGCUUCCCAUGGGUCCAGUUGCCUCCCCAAUACAGAGGCUCCGGCCUAAGGAACAAAGCCUCCAGCGGCAACUAUUAUUUCAUCCCGUAUCUGAUGACUCCCAACAAUGAGUACUUGUGCUGUGAAAACGUGGCCCAGCGUAGAGCGUCAGAGUACAUGCAGCCCAACUGGGACAACCUUCUGGGUCCACUCUGUGUCCCGCUGGUGGAUCGCUUCGUCAACCUGCUCAAAGACAUCCAUGUCACGUCAUGUGCUUCAUACAAGGACACACUUCUGAACGACAUCCGAAAAGCUCGAGAUAAAUACCAGGGUGAGGAACUGGCCAAGGAGCUUUCCCGUAUCAAACUUCGGAUCGACAACACAGAGGUUUUGACUCAGGACAUUGUGAUGAAUUUGCUUUUCUCCUACAGAGAUAUACAGGACUACGAUGCCAUGGUUAAACUGGUACAGACGAUUGAGAUGUUGCCCACCUGUGACUUGGCCAACCAGCCCAUGAUUCAGUUCCACUACGCAUUUGCACUUAAUAGGCGAAACAGUCCCGGGGACAGAGAGCAGGCUUUACGUGUGAUGUUGCAGGUUCUUCAGUCUUGUGAACAUCCCGCACCUGACAUGUUCUGCCUGUGCGGCCGCAUCUACAAAGACAUCUUCCUCGACUCAGACUGCAAGGACACUAAGAACAGAGACAACGCCAUCCAGUGGUACAGAAAGGGCUUCGAGCUCCAGGCCACUCUCUAUUCAGGUAUUAACUUGGCAGUUCUGCUUAUAGUUUCCGGACAGCAGUUUGAGACCUCCAUGGAACUCAGGAAGAUCGGUGUUAGGUUAAAUAGUCUUCUGGGCCGUAAAGGCAGUUUGGAGAAGAUGAAUAACUAUUGGGAUGUGGGGCAGUUCUUUACCGUCAGCAUGCUGGCAAAUGACAUUCCUAAAGCAGUACAGGCAGCAGAAAAACUCUUCAAACUCAAGCCACCUAUAUGGUACCUGCGAUCGGUGGUCCAGAACCUUCAAUUAAUUCAGCAUUUUAAGAAGCAAAACACUGAGCAUUCACCCCAGAGAGAGAGACUCAACUUCUGGAUGGACAUCAUUGUGGAGGCCACCCAGGGAACAACCAAUGGCCUCCGGUUUCCGGUGUUGAUCCUGGAGCCCACUAAAGUGUACCAGCCCUCAUAUGUUUCAAUUAACAGCGAAGCUGAUGAGAAAAAUGUUUCUAUAUGGCACGUAUCUCCUGCUGAAACGAAGGGUAUACACGAGUGGAACUUCACCGCAUCAUCCAUCAAAGGCAUCAGCAUCUCAAAAUUCGAUGAACGCUGCUGCUUUCUGUAUGUGCAUGAUAACUCGGACGAUUUCCAGAUCUACUUCUCCACGGAGGACCAAUGUGGCAGGUUUUGCUCGAUGGUGAAGGAGUUAAUCACAGACGGGUCUGGAAAUGUAGUCGAGCUCGAGGGUGAGGGAGACGGAGACACCCUGGAGUACGAAUACGACUACAAUGAGAAUGGUGACAGGGUGGUUCUCGGAAGGGGUACUUAUGGAGUUGUGUAUGCAGGGCGAGACCUGAGCAACCAAGUACGCAUUGCCAUCAAAGAAAUCCCAGAGAGGGACAGCAGAUAUUCUCAGCCUUUACACGAGGAGAUCGCUCUCCACAAGUAUCUGAAACACAGGAACAUCGUUCAGUACCUGGGUUCGGUGUCAGAGGAUGGAUAUAUCAAAAUCUUCAUGGAACAGGUGCCUGGAGGAAGUCUGUCAGCGUUGCUCCGUUCAAAGUGGGGUCCGCUCAAAGAAGCCACCAUCAUCUUCUACACGCGACAAAUCUUGGAAGGACUCCGCUAUUUGCAUGAGAACCAAAUCGUUCAUCGGGACAUCAAGGGGGACAAUGUGUUGGUCAACACCUACAGUGGUGUGUUGAAAAUCUCCGAUUUCGGAACAUCUAAGAGGCUAGCCGGAGUCAAUCCCUGCACAGAGACAUUUACCGGCACAUUGCAGUACAUGGCCCCCGAGAUCAUCGAUAAAGGCCCCAGAGGUUACGGGGCUCCAGCUGAUAUCUGGUCUCUGGGAUGCACCAUCAUAGAGAUGGCCACUGGCAAACCUCCGUUCCAUGAGCUGGGAGAGCCACAGGCUGCCAUGUUUAAGGUGGGCAUGUUUAAAAUUCACCCCGAGAUCCCGGAGUCUCUUUCGGGUGAGGCAAAAUCUUUCAUCCUCUCCUGCUUCGAGCCGGACCCCAAUAAACGCGCGAUGGCCGGAGACCUGCUCAAGGACCAGUUUUUGCGUCAAAACAUCAAAGGCAAAAAGAACAAGAUCGCAUUCAAACCCUCAGACUACAUCCGCAGUGUUUCACUGCCAGUGCAGCUGCAAACCGAGGCCACGGGGAGCAGCAGCAGUGAACCCGGCUCCGUGUCUCCAGACUGCGACUCCAAGCAAGACAUUUUCUUCGAUAAGAAGAAACGGUCAAGCUCUGAAAACCUCAUCAAACCAACCAGCUCAACCUUUCUGAGUGUUCCAGAUGAGAGUCCUACAACAGAAGAUCGCAGUUCUCCGGCCUCUUCUGAAAACAGCGACUCUGGACUCUUUCUCCUCAAGAAAGACAGUGAAAGACGAGCCAUUCUUUAUAAAGUCCUCAAUGAGGACCAAGAUAAAGUCACAUCCAACCUAAUGGAAAACCACAUCCAGGGCCAGGAAGAGCUGAAGUUGUCAGUAGAUCACAUCAAACAGAUUAUCUGCAUCCUGCGGGACUUCAUACGAUGCCCGGAGCGACGCGUCAUGGCGACCACAAUCUCAAAACUCAAACUGGACCUGGACUUCGACAGCACCUCCAUCAAUCAGAUCCAGCUGGUUUUGUUUGGCUUUCAAGAUUCUGUAAAUAAAGUGUUGAGAAAUCAUCACAUUAAACCACACUGGAUGUUUGCCAUGGACAACAUCAUCAGACGGGCUGUGCAGGCUGCUGUCACGAUCUUAAUUCCAGAGCUACAGACGCAUUUUGGUCCAGCGUCCGAAAGCGAGGGUGCAGAUAAAGACGCAGAUGAAGUCGACGUAGAAGACGACAGUGAUUUUGCUAACGUGGCACGUGCGACGCAGGAAGAUCAAGCACUCACCUCUGGGGUCAGCACCCUCAGCUCGGUCGUAUCCCAAGAGGUUCAGCGGCCACAGCACCCAAUGGGAGCCCAGCUCGGACGCCUCAAACAAGAAACGAGCAGGCUGCUUGAAGAACUGAUCCAGAAAGAGAGAGAGUAUCAGCAGGUUCUGAGACAAACUCUCCAACAGCGGGCGCAUGACAUCGAGCUUACCAGGAUCAGACAUCAGCCCACAGUUCUCGUGCCAGAGACGACCGCUCCUUCCAUAUUUCAGAUUGUCACACAACCUGAGCCUGACAAGCAGCUCACCGAUUGGCUAAAGGAACAGGGUGCUGACUCAGAGACUGUAGACAAGUUUGUUUUGGAAGACUACACACUUAACGACGUUCUUUGUGAUAUUACCAAGGAAGACCUUCGCUGCCUCAGGCUCAGGGGUGGUGUGCUGUGCCGCAUCUGGAGAGCCAUUCAAAGACAUCGCAACAGAGGACUGAAAAAACUUAAGAAUGAUGAGGGACAUUCGGAAGGAUGAAAGUAUCCGAGAUACUUACGGAUACCCGAGCCAACAUAAAACACACGGCCCUGUGACGAGAGGCUUAAUAUAAACGCCUGUAAUGGUUUAAACCUUUACAAUUCUGACGCACUCUGCCUAAUUCUCUCAUCUGUUGCUUUUGUGUCAUUUUCAGUAUGCCGUUUCAGAUUUCCAUCUCAUUUCCAUUUAACCACGUUUGAAAAACCUACAAGGAUGUCAACAGCUCGAUCCAGGAAAAGGCUUUACCGUACUUUCCCUCAUAACUGACAUAGAGCGAUUUGGGAAUAGGCCGCGCAGAACCGACCUGACUUAUUGUCAGGACAAACUGUUUUAAAUGAUGGAGAAUAUGGAAAUAUGUUUUAAAUGAUUUAUGUGACACUUCUGAAGAAGUCAGCACAGACCUCUUGGACCAGAGCCGUGGAGAUUGUUUUAGAUACGCCUUUUGAGGGGUUUGCUUUCGAGUACCACAAUAUCCGUGAAUCUGCAAAUUUGCUACUUACAGAAGUGGCUGCUUAACAGUAGUUUAACCGUCGCAUACCAGUCACAGAUCUUUGCAAGACCAGUCUUGAAGAAGACAAAUAGCUGUGGUUUAUACACCAUAACUUAUGUUCCUCAAACGUGUGUCAUCCUCUUAAAAAUGAAAGGGUUUAUAUUGUUUUUUGAAAUUGGUAUAAUCGAUACCGGCCCCAGGGGUAUGAACUGAAGAUCGAUAAUAGACCAAAGACUCGUGCCUAACCCACUUCUGCAGAUUUACUUAAUUCUUGUGUGUGAUUUUUUUUGUGAUGUUGUUUUUAAAUGUCAAGAAAUGUUUUUUUUUUUUUUUUUAAGAAAGAUUGUACUCAGAGCACCAAUGUUUCGUCAAAGCUAUUUAAGUUAUUUCUAUAAUUUGUAUUGAUGUCAGUGUGAAAGUGAUGUUGACGAUGAUAGAUAUUUCUUAUCUCUGAUUUACUUGGAAAAAAACGAUUUCAUGAACAGGAUAUUCAGGCUGUGUCUAAAAAAUGAAAUGCCAACUCGAUUCAAUCAACUGCAAAACUUUUAGGGUGAAUAAAGUUCAGACUUGCAACAUCA